UCAAAUUGGCGAUGAGUCUGAACACAUGUGUAAUAUUUUACCCUAUAUUGGCAUAGUCAAUGGUAAAUAGAAUAACCCCUCCCAUAAUCACCCCUAUGAUUUACAGUGCACCGACCCGCAAGUACACACAAGGAGAUCAUAUUACAUCUGACGUCACUGGGACAGCAGUCACACCGGUUCUGCGACAUAGGUGAGAGGUCAGGAGUUGGAACCCGUCAUCUGAAUUCUGAUACCGUAUGGACACCGAUAUCGCGUUGUGUAUGUAGUAUUGCGUUUACAGAAUCUGUAGGAGUCUUUCACAUCUGGGUUAGAUUUUAUCUACACUACGUUUCAGUAAAGGAGAGUUAAAGUAUGCCUGGCGAUGAGUCUUGACGAUCGUACAUAUACGUUAGCAUAUGCAACAGUUUAAACGCGGUACUGCGGUACCUUCGCCGAGCUGGACAGACACAGCAUGUGAUAAGGAGACGCCGGUAUAGACGACUAUUAAGUUUACCCGAUAUCGAGUCUCUAGUCUGUCAGUUAUUCUUGGCAACACUGGGAGCAUCUCUACAACCAACGUUACGUACAGAGUUUGAAAAUCGAGACUAAAAGGGCGUUUCCUGACGGACAACCUUCUGACUCCAGCUUGGAAAUGACCCUUCUUCGCCAUUAAACAAGACCGCCGGUAUGUGGCUGGAGAUGGACGUGAAACACAGAACCUCCCGGUCCCGCACCUCCAGCAUGGGCAGCGAGGAGGACGACGAGUCCCAGCAGCCCCUGUUGGUAAAUGACGACACCGAGGACCCGGAUGUGGUGGAUGCGGACGACAUGCGGUUCUUCACCGUGGAGGAUGCCGUAGAGCGGGUGGGCUUCGGCCGCUUCCAGGUCAUGAUCAUCUUCUUCGUCGGCGCCUUAUCCAUAUCGAACGCCAUGGUAGUGAUGAUGAUUGCUGUUCUGGCUCCCGUCCUGCGGUGCGAAUGGUGGCUGCAGAACUGGCAGGUGGCGCUUUUUACCACGAUGCUGUUUUUGGGAAUGUUGGUCUUCAGUAUUCCGUUCGGCACAGUUGCGGACAGGUACGGCAGGUGGCCGGCUCUGUGGAUGGUGGCCUUUGGGAUGGUUCUUUUCAACUUCCUGACGGCGUUCAGCCCGAAUUACUACUGGGUGGUCAUACUGCGGACCAUGUUGGGAGUAACGUUUGCCGGUGGGCCGCAGAUGGAUACCUUGUUGAUGGAAUUCAUGCCGUCCAAGUACAGAGCGAAGGCCUACCUGAUCUACGCCAUAUUUUGGUCUUUAGGCGGAUCGGGCGUCAUCAUGUUGGCGUACUUGGUGGUACCGACGCUGGGGUGGCGUUACCUCAUAUUGUUCUCCUGCAUUCCGGGGUUUUUCGUCCUUAUAUUUUUCAAGGCGCUACCAGAGUCAGUCCGCUUCUACAUGGCGGCAGGAAAAAGAGUCAAAGCCCUACAGGUCCUGGAGAGGAUGGCAAGGCUAAACAGGGCAACCCUUCCACCCGGAAAACUUGUCAAGUCUUCGGAGGCGCCUCGUGGUACGAUGAAAGAACUGUUCAAAAGAAAACAUCUUCGCACCUUGAUACAGGACAUCAUAAUAUGGUGCGGCACAGGCGCACUGUACUAUGGUAUUGUCCUUGUCAGCUCGGAGAUCAUGGAGAGUAAAGCGUCCUGCACAGGCUCAGCGGUCCCCGCCUCCUCUGACGUCAUCCCCUGCUCCUGUAAACCUCUCACCAGUAAAGACUACAUCUCCAUGAUCGUCUCCACGUACGGGGAGUUCAUCCAAAUGCCGAUCAACCUUCUCCUGGUGGACAUAAUCGGGCGGAAGCUGACCAUGACGUUGAACCUGGCCCUGGUGUGUACGUUCUUCAUGCUGCUGAACCUGUGCACGUCUGCUGCCUGGACCACCUUCUUCGUCUUUGCUGUUCGCGCCUUCAUCAGUGGCGCCUUCAGCAUGGUGUACAUCUACACAGUGGAGUAUUUCCCAACCAAUGUCCGAGCUCUUGCUAUCGGGACAUGCAGCACAGUCGCAAGGGUAGGAGCGAUGACUACCCCCUUCAUUGCACAGGUUUUACUGAACUACUCCUUGUCUCUGGCGCUGUACGUGUACGGGGGGCUGGCCGGCUUCUGCUGUCUGGUAGCCUUGUUACUGCCACAGGACACCAUGGGCAGAAAACUGCAGGAUGAUGUACAUGUGGUUUCCACAGAUCCCCAGCAGCCCAGAGAAGAGGCUGCCUGAAGGACAUGUGUUGGCAGCGGUUCAGUUCAUGAGGGAUGGUGGUGUGACUGUACUAAUCAUUUUAUAAUGGUGUUCAGAGUCAGUUGUUUAAAGAUGACAAGCUAAAUCAAAAAUUCAAGCUUUGAAAGAUCCAUGUCAUAUUUCUGUACAGAGGCAAAAGCUAAUAUUGAGGUAUAUCAAAAGGUACUUAUUUUACAUUGGUCUAAAAGUCUCAGGGAAAAUGGCAGAUGUACAUGUAUUUUAUUUUUAAAAAAAGUUUAAAAUAAGGUUCAAAUGGGAUGGCUGGGAUGGAUGCACAGAUCUAAGGAGCACAAUGUACAUAUCAUGAAAAUGUGCAAAUUUUAAUAAUGGUUGGUGUAUGGUUAUUUCCAAA